CUCGAUGGAUAAUAAUAUAUACAGAUGUAUAUAAUAUGCAAUCAAAUGUUUUUAAACAAAUAUUAUUAUUGUGUACCCAGUACCUAGCAUAGGAAUUAGGAUAUUUUAAUUUAUAAUUUAGUACUAAUUUUUUAUGAACAUUAUGAUCAUUUUAAAAUUGAGUACUUUUCUCCAUUAUUAUAUCUACAAUACUUUGUUAAAUAUAUUAAUAAGCUAAGAACCCAGCUAUAAACUCUAUUAAGAAAUGAACGGCUACAAAUUUUUUGUGUUUGGUUGUUUAUUUACAUCAUUUACAUGGUCUCUCAGUCUGUUCAUGUAUUGGAAAAUUAAUUCCAACCCAGACAACUAUCCACAGAAACAAAUCUUACGCCAAGAGAACACAUAUGAGUAUAUGAAGAAACAAAAAUCGAAAUAUUUAAAGAAUUACAAUACGAACAUAUUUGGUAUUGAUUUAAAAGGAUUGGGAGUAGUUAAGACUGACAAUGAUAUUCUAAUCAGAGACAAAGGUUAUAAAAAUCAUGGUUUUAAUGCAUUGGUAAGCCUCAGACUAGGUGAUUUCCGAGAUCCAAUACCUGAUACUAGACAUAAACUAUGUGCUAGCCAGAAAUAUGAACAAAACUUACCAACAGCAAGUGUUAUUAUUUGUUUUUACAAUGAGCAUCCACAAGCCUUAUUUAGAACUAUACAAUCAGUUACUAGACGGACACCACCUCAUCUAUUACAUGAAAUUAUUCUGAUUGAUGAUUAUAGCGAUGCUGACGGUUUGCACGAUACUGUAAAUUCAUACAUUAAAUCUAAAAACUUACAAGAGAAAGUUUACCUAAAAAAAACUGAUGCAAGAGAAGGUCUUAUACGAGCAAGGCUUUUUGGUGCCAACUUAGCUAAUGGCCAGGUGAUGAUAUUUCUUGAUAGUCAUGUUGAAGUUAAUGUAGAUUGGAUUCAACCUUUACUUACAAGAGUACGUGACAACCGAACCCAAAUUGUUGCACCUAUUAUUGAUAUUAUACAACCAGACACCUUUGAGUAUAAGUCAUCUCCAAUUGUCAGAGGUGGUUUUAAUUGGGGGUUGCAUUUCAAAUGGGAUAAUUUACCUAAAGGCACAUUAGUCACAGAUACCGAUUUUAUAAAACCAAUUAAAACACCUACAAUUGCUGGAGGCCUUUUUGCUGUGAAUCGGGAAUAUUUCAAUGAAAUAGGACAAUAUGAUUCUGGGAUGAAUAUUUGGGGUGGUGAAAAUUUAGAGUUAUCAUUUCGAGUAUGGAUGUGUGGUGGUUCUCUUUACAUUGAGCCUUGCUCACGUGUUGGACAUGUAUUUCGACAACAUCGUCCAUACUCAGCUCCAAACAAUGAAGACACUAUGGCUAGAAAUUCAUUGCGUCUUGCUCAUGUUUGGUUAGAUGACUUUAAGAAAUUUUUUUUUAAUAAAAGAAUGGAUCUUCUCAAUAUGGAUUACGGGAACAUUAGUGAGAGAACAGCUUUACGUACCAAACUAAAAUGCAAGAAUUUUGAAUGGUAUUUAGAAAAUGUCUAUCCAGAAAUGUUGUUACCAACUGAUAAAGCUGAUAGUUUAAACAAAAAGUUAGGAAUUUUGAAUAAGCCUGCAUUUCAACCAUGGAACAAGCGAAUUCGCAAUUAUAUAGCAAAAUUUAUGAUUAACUUAAGUAGUACAAAUUUAUGUAUUCAUCCCAUUAAUGGUCAUGAAACUAAAAAUAGCAGAUUAGUACUCAGACCUUGUAUUCGUAAUAAGGAGCAGGUAUGGUAUGAAACAGAUAAGGAGGAACUGGUAUUGUCAAAGCUUUUGUGUUUGGACAGUGCAUCAGGAAAACCAAUAAUAAGCAAAUGUAAUGAAAUGGGUAGUACUCAACGAUGGAAACAUGCGGAUAAUACUGGAACAGCCUUGUACAACCUAGCAGCUGGUACAUGCUUGAGCGUUGACAUAAAAAAGGUAAACGCUGAAAUUACAAUGAACAUUUGUAACAAUGAAAGCUCAUACAAUAAAUGGAACUUAGUUGCUGUUAUUUAGAAUAAAACAAAAAUAGGUAUGUGAUUUUGUAUGUUUAUUGCUGCAGUAUAUUUAAAUCUUUUAUGUUUACUUGGGAAUAAUAUUCAAAACUACUUCUGCUCUUAAUUAAUUUUGGCAUACAAAUAAAUAUUAUUA